UAAUCUUUCAAUCCUUGGUCAUUUUUCCUGUAUGUAUUUUGAUUGUCCUUUUUUAUUUCUUUGUUGAUUGAUUGUUGUAUUAUUCUCUUGGAUUUCUCGAAUUUGAUUUUGAUUGAAUUAUAAUAGCAUGUGAGACUGCAUCACUUUUGUCAUGGUUAUUAUUUUUAUUUAUUUUGGUUACUAUUUGAUGUGAAUUUUUAAAUUACAAAUACAUCGAGAUAAUUGACAAUUACAUAUGACAUUGAUGUUUUUUAUUUUUAUUCAUUUUGUUUUAUAACCAUAUUUAUAAUUUGUAGAUUUUCUUUGAAGAAUCUUUAGUGCAGGUUCAUUAAAAAAUUAAUACAAUUCAAAUUUCAAUUUUAGUUAUCCUUGUAUUAAUUAUAAAUCCCAUGAUCGUAUAGUACGAUAUUUCUUAGAUUGAUCUUCUAGCUAUUAUAAAAACGUAGUUAUGUCAAGAUUAUCUGUUCAUGUAUUUUUUUUUUUUUUUUUUUGUUUUUUGUAGUGUUACAAAUUAUUGAAAUGUUGUUCUAUUAAAGGUUGUUGCAUCGCAAAAGUAUUGAAAACACUGCCUAAAUAUAUUAUAGUUUUGUAAUUGUCAAUUAUCUCGAUGUAUUUACGAGAAUGCCAUGCUGACUGAGAUUUUUUUUCUGAUUUAUUUACGGAAAUGUCAUCAGAUAAACAAAUUUUGUUUAUCAUCAAGAUGAACUUGUAUUUUCUUACGUAGUAAUUGUUCUGAAAUAUUGUAAAUUAUGGAAGUCUAUAUUAUUAUGCUACAACCUUGAACAUAAGAAAGAAUACAUUAAUUGAGUGUAAUAUGUUUUCCUCAAAAAAAAAAAAAAAAAAAAAAAAAAUUGAGUGUAAUAUGUACUCAUCAUUAUUCAUUAUGCUAAGAUAUGAAUGACAUUUUUAGUAAUAGCAUAUUGUUUUCUUGGUUAAGAUCUAGCUAAAUGUGAUGCCUAACUAAGACUUUAAAUUUAUAAUUGAGUUGAUCAAUUGGGAUAUAUGCUCUUCAACUGUAUGGCAUACUAUGGAACAUAAGGAGUUUCGCUUGUGGUAACAUUCCUUCAUUUAGUAGCUUAUACAUAAUGCACAUUGCAUCCUCUUUCAAUAGCUUAUUCAAAAUUUACAUUCUAUUUUGAAGACCUGUCUACUAGAUAAAAAUAAGUGGGAUUAGGUUUUAAUUAACAAAACGUCUUUUUCAUAUGAAUCCUAGUAGUUUAUGGCUCUUAUUGAGGAUUAUAGCAGCAUGUUUUAUUAUCAAGAACAUGCCAUGAUGAGUAAUGAUAAUCUUGAAUGAAAAGGAUGGUUAUAUGUUUGAAAAGUUCUAAUCUUGUCUUUGUACAUCUAUUAAUUUAUUUAAUGUAUUAAUUUAUAUACAGAUAUAUGGUGUUUGAAGAUCUCAAUUUGCUUUUAAGUUCUCGACAUUAUGUUCGAGGUCUAAAUAUUGGAGAAACACAAUUACUGAGUCUAGGGUUUUAUAUUAUCACUGGUUUUGGUUCUAUGUAUAGAUCAAUAGCAGGAUCAUUUGGUUGAGAUAUGUAAGACAUGGUCACCGCAGGACUUAUGAGGAUUGUUUACCCUUGUUGGAAGCCUUCUGGUGAAGGAGAGAGUUCUAGUAAAGACUCUAAUGGUCGGUUCGACGGACUUUUAUGGCAUAAAGAUUUUGGGAACCAUGCAAAUGGUGAAUUUUCUAUGGCCGUUGUUCAAGCAAAUAGUUUAUUAGAGGAUCAUAGUCAAAUUGAGUCAGGUCCCAUGGGAUCACUUGAUAAUGGACCUCAUGGGACAUUUGUCGGUGUCUAUGAUGGUCAUGGAGGUCCAGAAACAGCUAGAUUUGUCUGCAAUAAUCUCUUCAAGAACAUCAAGAAGUUCACUUCCCAUAGUCAAGGUAUGUCUGCUGAUGUUAUCAUGAAAGCAUUUAUGGCCACGGAAGAGGAGUUUCUCUCUUUAGUGAAGAAACUAUGGCUCGAAAAGCCACAGAUUGCUUCUGUAGGUGCUUGUUGUUUAGUUGGUGUAAUAUGUAAUGGAUAUCUUUACACUGCAAAUGCUGGUGAUUCACGUGUUGUCCUAGGAAAGCUAGAUAACUUGGAUAAAACUGUGAAAGCUAUCCAGUUAUCUUCUGAGCAUAAUGCAAGUUAUGAAUCUGUAAGAGAAGAGUUGCGGUUGAAGCAUCCCGACGAUCCACAUAUUGUUGUUUUAAAGCACAAAGUUUGGCGUGUAAAGGGUCUUAUACAGGUUUCAAGAUCUAUUGGUGAUGCUUAUCUAAAGAAGACUGAGUUUAAUACAUCACCUCUAUUAGCAAAGUUUAGAUUGCGUGAGCCUUUUGAUAGGCCAAUCAUGACAGCUGAACCAUCAAUAUCAGUACAAAAGAUUAUUCCCGAAGAUCAAUUUCUUAUCUUUGCUUCGGAUGGCUUAUGGGAGCACCUUAGCAACCAAGAAGCUGUUGACAUUGUGAAAACAAGUUCCCGACAUGGAAUUGCAAAGAAGCUUGUGAAAGCUGCACUUUGUGAGGCUGCAAAAAAAAGAGAAAUGAGAUAUUCAGAUCUUAAGAAGAUUGAUCGAGGAGUUCGAAGACAUUUCCAUGAUGACAUUACAGUAGUAGUUUUGUUCCUCGACUCUCAUUUGGCUAAUCGAAAUAUCUUUAAAGGACCUUACCUUUCAAUUAAAGGUGCUGGAUAUUCUUCUUCAGGCAUUGAUUCUUGACAAAUCUGAAAAGAAGACUCUUUUCAUAUAACCGGUACUCGGUCAAUUUUGUUUAAUUGCCACUUAGGUGGUUUUAGAAGAGGGGUAAAUAGAGGAUUUUUUUUUUUAAUAAUUUAUUAUAAAUAAUUGCCCCGUGCGAUUCCCGGGUUGUUUAUGAAGUCGAUUUAAAUCUA